AUGUCUGGGAGCCGCGGAGCUCAGUUCAAUCAAAAUGUGCUCAUCGACACCACCCCCAUGCCCAGUGAUAUCCCCAAGGUCAAAGAGAUCGGUGCCACAUCUGCCCCAUUGAUGAGCGCUUCGUAUUUCAUCGGCGACCGCUGCAGGGCUUACAAUGACGAUUAUAUGAAGUGCAAGAUGGAGUCCAACGGGAAGGGCGAGCUGGACUGCCUGAGGGAAGGUCGGAAGGUCACCCGUUGUGCGGCUAGUGUCAUCAAGGAUAUCAACGAAAACUGCCUCGAGCAAUUCAAGGCUCAUUUUGAAUGUCUAGAACAGAAUAACCAUCAACUAUGGCAAUGUCGGAGGCCUGAGAACGCGCUAAAUACUUGUGUGUUUGAAAAGCUUGGACUAAAGAAAGAAAUCCCCGAUACGCCCAAGGGAACAGUACCCGUUCAUCUACGGAAAUCGCAAAUCUACGCGAAUUACUCCGGACCGCAAUAUUAA